GUUUUAUGGUGGGGGUAAGGAGAAGGUGCCACAAUGGGAGACAGCUUCCUGCACCUUGGGGACAUUGUGUCCCUAUAUGCGGAGGGCUCAGUCUCAGGCUUCCUGAGUACCUUAGGGUUGGUAGAUGACAGAUGCGUGGUUUGCCCAGAAGCCGGCGAUCUGACUGAUCCACCCAAAAAGUUCCGGGAUUGUCUGUUCAAAAUAUGCCCCAUGAACCGCUAUUCCGCUCAAAAGCAAUUCUGGAAUACCGCCAAACAAUCUGCCAACUCCAACACGGAUACGGGAUUGCUGAAGAGGUUACAUCACGCCGCGGAAAUUGAAAAAAAGCAGAAUGAGCUGGAGAACAAAAAACUGUUGGGCACUGUCGUGCAAUACGGCAGCGUUAUACAAUUGCUGCACGUCAAGUCCAACAAGUAUCUCACCGUAAACAAGAGAUUGCCAGCAUUGCUCGAGAAGAACGCAAUGCGGGUCCACUUGGAUGCGAACGGAAACGAGGGCUCGUGGUUCUAUGUAAUGCCAUUCUAUAAAUUACGUUCGACUGGAGACAACGUGGUGGUGGGUGACAAGGUAAUUAUGAACCCGGUGAAUGCAGGCCAACAAGUCCUACAUGUAUCAUCAAACCACGAGCUACCAGACAAUGCUGGUUGUAUGGAGGUAAAUGUAGUUAAUUCGUCAACGUCAUGGAAGGUGACAUUAUUUCUCGAACACAAAGAAAACCAAGAGGAGAUCCUCAAAGGAGGAGAUGUGGUCCGGCUAUUCCACGCCGAACAAGAGAAAUUUCUUACGAUGGAUGAGUACAAGAAGCGGCAGCAUGUCUUUCUCAGGACCACUGGGAGAUCCAGUGCCACUGCUGCUACUAGCAGUAAGGCGCUUUGGGAGAUUGAAGUCGUUCAACAUGACCCGUGCCGCGGCGGCGCUGGUUACUGGAACUCCAUCUUCCGGUUCAAACAUCUCGCGACAGGACACUACCUGGCCGCUGAAGCAUGCCAAGGACCGAAUGACGGUCCUUUAGAGCCCGGCGAGCCAGCAUACCAGCUGGUGUCCGUGCCUCACUCAUCGGAGAUCGCUACUCUGUUCGAGCUGGACCCCACCACCAUGACCCACUCAGACGCGCCUGUACCGCAAAGCAGCUAUGUCAGGUUACAGCACUUAUGUCCGCAUACGUGGGUGCACUCGACUUCUAUACCUAUCGACAAGGACGAGGAAAAACCUGUUAUGUCCAAAGUGGGCUGUUCAGUUGUGAAAGAAGACAAAGAAGCAUUCGCGCUGAUUUCGGUGUCUCCCAGCGAGGUUAGAGAUCUCGAUUUCGCCAACGAUGCGUGCAAAGUGCUAUCGGCCUUGUCGACUAAAAUGCAUCACGGGAAUAUUGAGCACAAUGAGAGGAAGGCGCUUACGAGCCUUCUUCAAGACAUAGUGUACUUCAUAGCGGGCUUUGAGAACGAGCCCAAUAAGUCAGAGGCCCUCGAACUGGUAGUGGAGAACCCUAACAGAGACAGACAGAAGCUGCUGCGCGAACAGUAUAUACUGCGGCAGCUUUUCAAGAUAUUACAGGGCCCAUUUCAAGAGACUCCAGGUGGCGACGCGUUCUUGAAGAUCGAAGAGUUGAACGACCUUCGAUACGCCCCCUAUAAGUACAUAUUCCGGCUGUGCUACAGAAUACUAAGGCUCAGUCAACAGGAUUAUAGAAAAAAUCAAGAAUACAUUGCCAAGCACUUCGGCUUCAUGCAGAAGCAAAUCGGCUACGACAUCCUUGCUGAAGACACGAUCACAGCUCUCUUGCACAACAAUAGGAAACUGCUAGAGAAGCACAUCACAGCAUCGGAAAUUGAGACGUUUGUCGGUCUCGUCCGCAAGAACAUGAAAACUUGGCAAUCCAGAUUCCUAGACUACCUCAGCGACCUAUGCAUCUCCAACAGGAAGGCCAUAGCUGUCACUCAGGAGUUAAUAUGCAAGAGCGUGCUGUGUGCCAAUAACUCGGAUAUACUUAUUGAGACCAGAUUGGUCUCAACAAAAUAUGAAAAGGAGAAACCAUUAGACGCCCACGACAAGUACACCGUGGAAGACGAAGUUAUACUAUUGUGGAAUAACAAACAGAAAUCCGCAUUACUCUCCGAGCUAGCCUCUAAAGCUCGCCAAGACCCGAAUUGCGAGUCUGCAGCUAUAUUGGACUAUUACAGACACCAGCUGGAUCUGUUCUCGAAUAUGUGCUUGAACAGACAGUACUUGGCGCUGAAUAGUCUGUCACCACAGCUGAGCAUCGGACUUAUACUCAGAUGCAUGUCAAACGCGGAGCUGUCAUACGAUUUGCGCGCGUCGUUCUGCCGUCUUAUGUUGCAUUUGCACGUGGACCGCGACCCACAGGAGCCUGUAACACCAGUCAAGUACGCGAGGCUCUGGACGGAGGUCUGCGAUCGCAUCCAUAUUCACGAUUAUCAGUGCGUAAAAGGCGGUCCAGAUGCAAACCGCGAGAAGGUGAAAGAACAGUUCGCGUCCACAAUUCGCUUCGUAGAAGACUACCUAUGCAACGUGGUCACCAGGACAUGGUAUUUUAGCGAUCAUGAUCAGAAUAAACUGACAUUUGAGGUGGUUAAGCUCGCGAGGGAACUCAUCUACUUCGGUUUUUACAGUUUCAGCGAUCUGCUGCGUCUAACGAAAACCUUACUAAGCAUCCUGGACUGCGUCACCUCCAUGGACCUGCUCAAUGAGACCAACGAUCUUUCAGGAGAAGUCGAGUCUGAAGGCGGCGUACUGCGCAGCAUUGGCGACAUGGGAGCAGUUAUGACGUCGAUCACACUCGGUUCUGUUGCUAGAAACGUGAGUGGUACGAGCAGCGGCGGCGGCGCAACCGGCAUGCAGAUGCAACGCAGCGCAUCGGCCCUGGUGUUGGCCCGCGAACACCCUCUCGUUAUGGACACCAAGCUGAAGAUCAUCGAGAUCCUACAGUUCAUCCUGGACGUGCGGUUAGAUUACCGCAUUAGCUGUCUGCUGUCUAUCUUCAAGAAGGAGUUCGAACAGGCUGGCGACCGCAACGCUGACAGUCUCGCGCGUGCUGACGUCGAGGCCAUUGGACUACAGGCUGAAGGCAUUUUUAGCUGUCGAGCGAUUCAAACAGUGCCUGAGAGCUGCCUUCCCAAAAAUGUAGAUUUGGACGGACUCGACCUGGACGAAUGCGGCGGGCGCAUGGUGCUGCGGGUACUGCUGCAGCUGUGCUCGCAAGGCGCUUCGGCCGCGCUCGUUUCGGGCGCGCUCGCAUUACUUUUUCGACACUUCAGCCAGAGACAGGAGGUGUUGGCUGCUUUCAAACAGGUACAACUCCUAGUGUCAGACGCAGAUGUAGAGUCCUACAAACAGAUCAAGGCAGAUCUUGAUCUCCUGCGACAAAGCGUUGAGAAGUCAGAGUUGUGGGUAUUUAAUAAAGGACGAGCGCUUAUAGACGAACACACCGCUAGCGUAGUUGGUCCGGGUGGCGCAAUGUUAGAGCGAAACAUCUCCAUGGACAACGUAUUGGACACUUCCAAAUCUGCCAAACAUGACCAUAACGAAUAUAAGAAGAUUAAAGAGAUUCUACAAAGAAUGAUAAAGUACUGCACACAAGGCAAUAGUGGGUCGGGUGAGCCACCUACGAGUCGACGACGGCGCCACGAGCAGCGACUGUUACGAAACAUCGGAGUACAUAAUAUUGUCCUGGACUUACUGCAGGUGCCGCACGACGAGGACGACGAUGCAAUGGACGAGCUGCUGGCGCUCGCGCACGAGUUCUUACAGCACUUUUGCGACGGCAAUCAGCAGAACCAGGCCUUGUUGCACAAACACCUCGAUCUUUUCCUGAACGCCGGAAUUCGUGAAGCGCAAACCGUGUGUGCUAUAUUCAAAGACAACCCCACGCUGUGCGCUCACGAGGGCAAUGAGAAGGUGGUGGCACACUUCGUCCACUGCAUCGAGACUCGCGGGCGGCACACCGCAUAUCUGCACUUCCUGCAAACUAUCGUACACGCUGACAAGCAGUAUAUUAGACGCAGCCAGGACCUUGUCAUGCAGGAGAUGGUGAACGCGGGCGAGGACGUGUUAGCGUUCUACAACGACAAGGUGUCCUUCCAAUCUUUCCUGCAGAUGAUGAGGCAGUACAAAGAAACCGGCGAGAUGCCGGAACCUUUACGGUACCACAUCCAGUUAGUAAAAUUGCUUACAUGUUGUACGAUGGGCAAGAACGUGUACACGGAGAUCAAAUGUCACAGUUUGCUGCCGCUGGAUGACAUCGUCACUAUAAUCACUCACCCCGACUGCAUACCUGAGGUUAAGGAAGCCUACGUAGGCUUCCUGAACCAGUGCUACAUCGACACAGAAGUCGAAAUGAAGGAAAUAUACUCGAGUAACUAUAUGUGGGACCUGUUCGAGCGGUCUUUCCUACAAGACAUGCAACACAUGUUGCAGUGCGCGCCUUAUACUACCUCAGAGGCAUCAACAUCACGCGGUCCAUCGUCACCGAAAUCACCCAGCGCGUCGCAAAGCGUGUGGGUAAACUACGUGACCGACGUCCUCCUGCAUACCAUAUGCACAUUCUUCAACUCUCCCUUCAGUGACCAGAGUACCACAGUGCAGACUCGCCAGUCGAUAUUCGUGAAGCUUCUACAGACGACUUUCCGUAUAUAUCGGCCCUGGUUGACGCCCGCACAGAAAUUGAACGUUGAGAAGUGCAUACGGACUUUGAGUGAAGUUGCAAAAACCCGCAGCAUAGCAAUACCACUAGAACUCGAAGAGAAAAUCCAGAAUGUGUUUGAUUUGGCCGCCGCGCGCUCCAGACAGACUAGCAAAUGGCUGCUUGCAUCUAAGACGAGUAAGCUUGAAAAGAUGGCGUCACAGUCAAAUCUCCAAAACGACCGCUCAGUAAUGGAGGGUCUGCAAGAAAUCGUAUCCCUUCUUGAGGAGCAACUCCGUCCCUUACUACAGGCGGAGCUGUCUCUGCUGGUGGACAUUCUGUAUAAGCCACAUUUACUUUUCGCCAGUCCUGGAGAGCGAGCGCACACAGAAACUAGCGGCAUAUUUAUAUCCAGACUUAUCCGCCACACUGAGAAACUUUUAGAAGAAAAAGAAGAGAAGCUUUGCGUAAAAGUGCUUAGGACUUUGCGAGAGAUGAUGGCUUCCGACCCGGAAUACGGAGAAAAGGGAAAUCAACUCCGCAGCAAACUCCUCUCACAAUACUUUGUGAAUCGCAAGUCUGAGCCAAAAAUCCAACUGCCUCCACCUUCGAUAUUGGUCACCCAUGGACCAGGCGAUCGUCAUCACCACGUGAAGACAGCAAAGGUACUGUUGCGUACCGGCCAAACGCUGGCGCAAGUGCAAGCGCACCUGGACAAGGAAGGUGCGUCCGAUUUGGUGGUAGACCUCGUCAUCAGGAGUACUAACCGACAGGCUAUCUUCUUAGAAGCUAUUCAUUUAGGAAUCGCACUUCUGGAAGGCGGCAACCCUAUAAUUCAACAAAGCAUAUUUAACAAACUACAGAAUGGAGAAAUGUCUCAAGCAUUUUUUAAGGUAUUCUACGACAAAAUGCGUGAAGCUCAGCAGGAGAUUAGGUCAAUGGCCGCAAGUAGCACCGCUGCCACCAGCCAGGACAAGCAAAGAACUGGCCAUGGGGACAAGCACAAACAACCACAGCCUGAUGGCAAAGCCGGCGCGGGCGCUGGCCCUUUGGUGGUGGGGGAAGAAAUGGACGACGAGGUGGCGUAUGCGUGCGGUUCCGCCGUCAACGCCUACUCCGACAUACACACCAUGUCGCAUGGUUCGACUGUGCUAGAAGAAAUAUUGGCCGAGAAAAAACGAGAAUCGGGCAAUUCAGACGAGCUGCCCGCCAAAGUGGCUAUAAUGAAGCCUAUACUCAGGUUCCUGCAGUUGCUAUGUGAAAACCAUAAUCCUGAUCUUCAGAAUCUCUUACGCAACCAAAACAACAAAUCAAACUACAACUUAGUGUCCGAGACACUAAUGUUCCUCGACUGCAUAUGCGGAUCAACCACGGGUGGUCUCGGCCUUUUGGGGCUUUAUAUUAAUGAGGGUAACGUGGCUCUCAUUAAUCAGACAUUAGAGACCCUAACGGAGUACUGUCAAGAGUGUCAAUGGCAAGAUUUUGUGGGCCACAACAUCUAUAUACUCUGCCACCAGCUGGCGACGCACAACAAAGAGCUGGCGUCCCUGGUGCGCUCCACUCAAGACGGGCCGAACGCCGGCCCGCUACAGUACUACCGUACUCACACGGCGCAGAUAGAAAUAGUACGAACAGACCGCAGUAUGGAACAAAUAGUGUUCCCGAUCCCGGAGAUCUGCGAGUAUCUGCCGUCGGAUAGUAAGCACAGAGUACUGCAAAGCGCAGAGAGAGACGACCAGGGCAGCAAGGUAGCCGACUUCUUCGCCAGGCUUGACAACUUGUUCCACGAAAUGAAAUGGCAGAAGAAACUUCGCGGUCAACCUCUACUGUUCUGGGUGUCGUCCUAUAUGUCGCUGUGGAGCAACAUCCUUUUCAACUUUGCUGUUCUCAUAAAUGUCAUAGUCGCCUUCUUUUACCCAUUCAAAGGAGAAAAUCCAAAACUUGGACAACACCUUUCACUAGUGGUAUGGUGCGUGUCGUGCGUGGCCGCGGCGCUGGUGACGUGGCUGCCGCGCUCGUCCGGCGUGCGCGCACUGCUGGCCAGCGGCAUCGUGCGCCUCAUCUUCAGCGCGGGCCCCGAGCCCACCUUGUGGUGCCUCGGCAUGCUUACCAUAGUAGUGAAGGGCGUCCACCUUGCCAGCAUCAUGGGGAACCAGGGCACGUUGUCCAAGUCGGCGCGCAACGUGUUCACCGAUCCCGAGCUACUCUACCAUAGUAUCUACCUGCUCUUCUGCUUCCUCGGCGUUUGUUGCCAUCCCUUCUUCUUCUCGGUCCUGCUAUUAGACAUUGUGUACCGCGAAGAGACCCUCCUGAAUGUGAUGCGAUCAGUGACACGCAACGGGCGGUCCAUCCUUCUGACGGCCGUACUGGCGCUGGUGCUGGUCUACAUGUUCUCCAUCGUAGGGUAUAUGUUUUUCCGCGACCACUUCCUCGUCACCGUCGACACGCUCGAUGACGAUCCAAUGUUUGACCUGGAUAAGUGCUCGGACGACCCUGCCUCGAAGUACCUGAAAGAGGACGGGCAGUGUGCGAAGUCGUCUCGCUUCGUAUCGGUGGGCGGCGAACUGCGUGAGCGCAGCUGCGACUCGCUCAUCAUGUGCAUCGUUACGACGCUCAACCAGGGGCUACGGAACGGCGGUGGCAUCGGGGACACCCUCCGGGCGCCGGCAAGCUCUGAGCCUUUGUUUGUCGCGCGUGUUGUUUACGAUCUGCUAUUCUUCUUCGUCGUGAUCAUCAUCGUGUUGAACCUCAUCUUCGGUGUGAUCAUCGACACCUUCGCCGAUCUUCGUAGCGAGAAGCAGCAGAAAGAGCUCAUACUUAAAAACACUUGUUUUAUAUGCGGAUUGAAUAGGGCUGCGUUUGACAACAAAACGGUCUCGUUCGAGGAACACAUCAAGAGCGAGCAUAAUAUGUGGCAUUACCUUUAUUUUAUGGUACUCGUUAGAGUUAAAGAUCCGACCGAGUACACUGGACCCGAGAGCUAUGUACACUCCAUGAUUAAGUCCAACAACCUGGACUGGUUUCCACGGCUGCGCGCGCUAUCUCUGGUGGGCGGCGGUGAGGGCGAGGGCGGCGAGCUGGAACUGCGUAACCUGCAGGCGCAACUGGACCACGCUCAGCAGGCGGUUCGCACUCUCACAGAGCUGCUCACUGACCUCCGGGACCAGAUGACCCAGCAGAGAAAACAAAAGCAGCGCAUCGGGUUACUGAACUCUACUUCGGCAUACCUCCAGAACUUGCAGAUGAACCUGCCUCCAUAACUCAACAUGCCUGUGACCUUCAAGCUGAACACUGGUGACUUAAAACUUGUAUAGAAUAUUUUUAAACUUAAAAAUCCGUGAAAUUCAAUCUGUACGUCUACUUCGAGAACAGUAAUCUCAUAUUGUGAAACAGAUGUAGUCUACAUCUAUAUCCUUCGAAAUUACCAGAUAUUUUUAAAAUAUCAACACUGUAUCCCAAUUAAUAGACAAACUCUCUACAAGUAAUUGUUUUACAGACACGUCUUAUACAAAAAUGGACCUUAAAAUUAAAAAAUUGUCAAUAAUUAUCACGGCAACCAGUGUAUCAGCACAAAAUACCAACUCACGACAAACAUCUUCAAUCGCACAACGGAAUGUACACUCUAUUUUACAUAAGAAUAAAACUGUAAAUAACACAUGUAUAUUAGACGAUUUAAAUCAAAGUUGACUACGGAAUCCUUGACAAUGACAAGAUAAUGAAAAAAAAAAAGUCAAUGCGACUUAAAAAAUAACGAAUUCCAUUAUCUGUUACAAAAACUAUAAAACUACCUG